CAAAUCUCUGGGAAAAGUUACUCCCAUUUUAUCGCUCUGAGCUCACAGUCGGACAAAUGUCAUGCUCUGCUCCAUCACAUUCAUUGGUGUCCAGGGAAAUGGCUUUGCAAGAAGGAAACUUAAAAAUAUCUGAAAAUUACUGACUUCAGGGGAUGGACCAGGUAUCCUACCAGCUCCAGCAAGCUAUAAAAGUGACAGAUUUCUACCAUGCACGUGGAGACGUUAUGAGGGCAAAAAGGAUAUUUUGGAAGGAUUUUUUUCCAUUUACUUGGAUAAUGGAUGGAGAGACUUUAACAUCGACAUUAUUACCCGCACUGAAUGCAUCCCUGGGUUCUGCUAUGACAUUAGAGCAGAAGACAACAUUUGCCUUUGUCAUUUUAUUGUUCAUCAUUUUGGGAGUCCUUAUCAUCAGGUGCUUUAGGAUUCUUCUUGAUCCGUACAGAAGCAUGCCAACGUCCACUUGGGCAGAUGGAGUGGACGGACUGGAGAAAGGGCAGUUUGAUUAUGCCCUGGCAUAGAUGGCAGAACAGAAAUAAUCUAAUAAACGUAUCAUGAGACAUGGAACCGAAAUGACAUCGUGAAAAAAAUAAGAUAUUCUCAGUCACAGAUAUGGGAUCUAUUAUCAGGAAAUUUAUUAUUCAGAAAGUUCUGAGACACAGCACUGCUAUUUCUAUUUUCCAUAGUCUUUUGUUUACAAAUAAUUGCCAAUUUUUGUCUAAUUUGCUCUGUAAUAAGACAAUACCUUGUACUUGAUUGUAACUAAGCUAGCAUAAAUCCAUACUUACAAUCCUAUUGCUUUUUCUUUUCUUUUAUAUGCUUUGUAUAUGUAUGUUUUAGGUGCCAGAUUACAGAAAGACCCCUUAUCUGCAAAGCUCCAGAUCCUAAGCUUUCUUUAUAAUAGAUCUCAUGCCAGUAGAAUGGUGUAAUGAAGAAACUACUGUAUUAAAGAAUUUUAUAUUUAGAGUUGACUAAACAUUUUUCAGUGUAAUAACCAAUUAUUACAAAAUAUAUAUUUUAUAUUGUAAAACAAAUGCUAUCUUUUGUUGUAGGGCAAAGGGACAUACAACUAUCUAAUAUAUAAGUAUAUACAUAACUCAUAUGUCAAAUAGAGGAAAUCUUUUGUGUGACCCCUAUAGUUAUUAUUAUCAUUUUGUGUGUUCAUGUGUGUGUGGUGUCCACUAAAAUUGUAGGAAAGCAUGUUACUGGGCAUCAUGGGGAAUGUGAAAAAACAUCAUUAUUUUCCAAAGCAGUUUGGAUGAGAGAUAAUUGUUAUUAGCCCUGCCAUACCUGACAGAAUAUUGCAUAGGGAUAGUUGUUUACAGACUGUAAUGAGAUGACCAGAAUAUGAGUGAAACAGAAUACUUUUUCCAAAGUUUCUGUUUUUGUUAUGAAGCACAUAUAUGAAUCUUAUAUGUCAGUUAGUUUGAUGUAAAAACUAAAAAAAGUUCUUUGAUGCAUGAGAGAUGAGAGAAACUUUCCAUGUUGUGCUGCUGUAAUGAAUUCAAUAAGAUUUAUAAUAGUGACCCAAGAGGCACUGUCUUGUCUGUCAGUUUUGCUGCUCACCAAGAAAAAUCAAAGCUUUUAUGAUAAUACACUCAUUUGUUUCGCUUUUCACACCGUAAAAUAAAAUAUGAAUCAGAAUUUCAAACUGUAUUGUGCAAUUCCAAGUCCCUGCAUAAGGACAGUAAAUAUAGCAUGUGGAAGAAAUGCACAAACCAAUAAAAAAAUCCCCGGCAAAAGAAAUGCUAAAGUCAUUGGUAUUCUGUGGUGUGCAUUAGUGGAGCUGGCAGAACAACAGGUUUCUGAAUGCCUAAAGUAAAAUGAACAUAAAAUAUUUUUAUGAAUAAUAUUUUACCAAGUCUUUUUUUUUAACAAAUAAAGUCAGCUCAGUGCCACCAUAAAA